AUGCGAGUCAUCUUGGUGUUGGGUUUCGUGGUCGCUGCUGCUCUUGCAGCUGACGAUGAAAAUGUUCAAGCAUCUACGGUAAAACCAUUCGUGUAUACGACCUACAGACCAUUAUCCACAAUCAACCCCAAUAGAUUCUACACUGCAUCACGGUACACAACAAAGUCAGACCCGGGUAAAUACGACCCCGGCAAAUACGACCCGGGUAAAUACGACCCUGGUAAAUACGAUGCCCGUAAAUAUGAUGCUGGCCGAUAUGACCCAGGCAAAUAUGACCCUAGCAAAUAUGAUUCUUCAGGUCGUUACAUUCCUGACAACUCUGGUCUUUACAAUGGCGACCGUGGUGACCGUGGCGGUGCCGGUGGCUUCUACAGUGGCUCCUCCGACAAGGGAGGUCCCGGAGGUUUUUACGUCGGCUCCAAAGAUGAUAUCGAAAAGUACAAGCCCUCCAAGGACGACAUUGAGAAAUACAAGCCCGAAAAGGAGUCUAGUCCCGCGACCGCUGCUCCAAAGCCAUCCUCUGUGGCCCCAGUAACCGUCGUCGUUUCCACACCAGCUCCCGUGGUAUACCAGUCAACAUACAGGCCCUCUCCAGCCCCAGUUGUUCCUAAAGUAGUCGUCACCCCAGGCACCUAUGACUACAAAUACGGAAUCAUCCGCCAAGAGGGCGAGAUUAACCCAGAUGGUUACCAUUACUUAUACGAAACUGAAAACAAGAUUCUCGCCGAGGAGUCUGGUCGUAUCGAAAAAGACGCUAACUUCGAAGGUAUGAGAGCGAAGGGCUUCUUCGAAUACGUAGGACCAGAUGGUGUGACCUACCGAGUAGACUACACAGCCGACGAGAGGGGCUUUAUAGCUUCAGGUGCUCACUUGCCCUAAUUUAAAUCUAGUCUUAAAUGAUAAUGUAUACGCCUGUUA